AUGAAGUUUACAUACGCACUGCACGCUGCAGCUAUAUGCGCGACAGCGGCGGCCCUAGACGAUAGCUACAAGCCUGCUUCAGAUGUCACCAAGCAGGUGAUUGCUGACUCAGUUGCCAACCUUGACUUUUCAGAUUUUACGGACUUUGAAGAUGCGGAUCGAGGAUUUGUAGUAGCGCCGGCGAGUCUAAGAGUAGUUGAUGAAAAGGGACAAGUGGCAUCGGAUUCCGAUCCCUAUCUAGAGAUGAUUCACGAUGAUAUUCCUUGUCCAGACAGUGUCAAUCCAUCUACCUGGCGACAAGCUCAAUUGAUGACCCGAGUAGGAGCUUACAAAGUGAUGGACAAGGUGUACCAGAUUCGUGGAUUCGAUCUGGCGGUGAUGACCAUCAUUGAAGCACCCGAAGGUCUUAUUGUAUUUGACCCCCUCGGCACCAAAGCGACGGCCAAAGAGGCGUUUGGUUUCUAUUUGAAAGAGGUUGGACCGAACACGGGCGCCAAUCUGACACUAGCUGCUGUAGUCUUCACACACUCCCACAUGGACCACUUCGGAGGGGUUCUAGGACUGGUGGAUGAGGAAACUUGGUCCAAAGGAAACAUUCAGGUUAUUGCACCACUCAAUUUUGCCAAUGAGGCACUGUCCGAAAACUACAUGGUCAUUGGUAAUAUGGGGAGACGGGCAUGGUGGCAAAUCGGUAAUCUCCUACCUGCCAAUGAAAACGCAAGUAUUCAUGCUGGUCUCUCGUUCACGCAAUCUAACUCCCUAUUCACGUACGCCGGAGACACUCUGGAAAUCACAAAGGAUAUUGAAACACACACCAUUGCUGGGAUCACUUUUGAGUUUAUGCUCACUUUGAGUGCAGAGGCUCCCGCAGAAAUGCACACAUGGGUUGAAGACUGGGGACUGCUAAAUACCGGCGAGAAUGCGGUGAUGUCUGCACAUAACUUUUUGACACUCAGGGGAGCGAAGGCAAGAGACCCAAUGAAGUGGACCACGUGCAUUCAACAAACUAUCCAGAGAUAUGGCGAUCGAGUUCAAACUAUGAUCGGUCAGCAUCACUGGCCGAAGUUCGGAAACGAAAACGUAGUUGAACAUCUCACCAUGACCCGCGACUACAUCAAAUUCACUCAUGACCAGGCCGUUCGACUACUGAAUCUUGGAUUUGGUAUGGAGGAAAUCAGUGAGACAAUCGAAAUGCCCAAGUCCAUGGACUCGUACUUUAAUACACGUGGGCACUACGGUCAUCUCAAACACAACUCCAAGGAGGUAUAUCAGUUUUACGUCGGCUGGUGGGAUGGCAAUCCCGCAGGUUUCCAGCGUCUACCCCCGGUGGAGAGAGCGCAGCAGUUUGUGGCUGACAUGGGUGGGAUUGAGGCUGUUAUCGAGCGAGGCCAAUGGCAUCACGACAACGGUAACUACCGAUGGUGUGCUGAAAGCAUGAACCAAGCUGUGUUCAGCGAUCCUACAAACAUGGAGGCCAGGUAUCUGGAGGCCGACUGUUUGGAGCAAAUCGGUUAUGCCGAAGAGAGCGGUAUCCGUCGAAACUUCAUGCUCACAGGCACCCAAGAGCUUCGCCACGGCAAGAAAGUGUACCCAGAGCCAGAUUUGGACGAAUCGUUCCUGUUGGAAAUGCCACUCUGGAUGAUGUUGCAGAGCUUAGAGAUCAAAAUGGACCCCACCAUGGCCGAACAGUCCAAUGGCUUGUCAUUGAAUUUGGAGGUGAAGGAUACCAAUGAGAAGUUCAACAUCUUCAUAUCACACGCUGUUCUGAUCUCCCUCCCAGUCGAUGUAUUACCCACCACUGCCCGUGCUACCAUUACCGCUGAUAGCAAAAGGGCGAUGAUUAAUGUGUGGCUAUCACAGGCGACAAGACUGCCUUUGCCGAGCUGA